AUGCCGUUUAUUCCGUGGGUGCUGUGUCGCAGACUCUCAGGCUUGCUCAGAGAGCAGAUUCGCAGGUCCCUUGAGGCAGUGGGCGAUUAUAUAAUUCGCGGAAGAGAAGGAGGAACUAGACUCCAGUUUAUUGUUAUUCCAUCCGGGGAAGCUGUGGCGUCAUCACAUCUUCUGCUAGACGAGAUUAUGGAUCUUAUUCAGGUUUCUUCUCCAGACACGCACAUAGUGAGCUCUCUAGGGUCUGACAUAAUACAAAACGUUCCUUGGGAUAGGACGGACAUUGCUUUGAUCGUCGAUGGAAACGACCUCUUUCCGCUACGGGGAAAUGACGAUGGUGCGCUUCGAGUCAUGCGGUGUUUCCUAUCCCAUAUAAGGGCCAACGAGGCUUCGCGCAUCCUUCUUAUCAUAUUAACAACCGCACUUCCCACUGUCUUCAUUUACAUGUUCAAGAAAACUAUGGCCCGGGCCGUCGGCCAGAUAACGCUUUUAGUGCCCCAGAGCAUACAAUGCUGUCCACUACAUAUUGGCAUGGACCUCUGCGAUAGUAUCCUUGGAGAGCUGCUCGUAGAAGGAGUUCUCCCAAGUAAAGACAGUGUCAACUAUAUGAAUAGUCUCGACGGGUCAGAACUUAUAAUGCUGCCUGAGAUGAUCUACCGAGCCCUUACACAGACUGGAGCAGUGCAGACUAAGGUAGCUAAUCAUCUGUGCAAGAUUCUAAACACGUGUCUUCUAAUAUACCAAGUCAUGAUACAGCACAUCCCCUUCCAAGGAGAGCUGAGUACAUUUUGCUUGUUUCUAAUUAACAUGUUGAAGGGCCGCCUUGACCAGUGGCCCCACUCUCGGGCAAUAACCUUGGCAACAGAGCGGGAAAUGGAUACAGCCCAAAUGGCUAUUCUAUCAAAGUGUAUAUGUGACAUUUUAGAGAAAGGGUCGGUGCAAUCAGACCCUAGGGACACGCCCCGCUGGGUCUCAGAGUACAACAGUAUGCUCAAAAAAGAGGUAGCGUUGCUAAGCGACGACCUCCUAACUAUAGAAAGUUGGCCUGCAAAACGCCGCACGCAGCACGCGCACACGAUUUUUAACACAGUAUACGGAGGGAUAAUCGGACACCUGUUCCCCCUGUCUCUUUGGGAUGCUGUCUAUACAACGGAGAACAGUUCCUUGUUCCUCGUAGGACAGCAUAACAACCCAAAUAUCCAACUUGACGGCUUGAUUGGCUCAUACAAUGACACCAUCUGUGAAGCAACCUGGAGCAUUCUCAAGACAGUGAGGGCAGGGUCUAUUGCUGUCAACACCCUCUUCCAACAAGCAGCAGAAAACUACUUCAAAACCCAUUGGAUACGGUCAGAUGAUCAUACAACGCUGAUCAGUGACUUCAUCACCUUCCUAAUGGCACUGCAGCAGGCACAGAUAGUGACAAUCACCGCUCAGAGCGCCAGACUGAUGGUUGAAAUGAUUAUAUGA